AUGGUCGGAGCGACUGGAUUCCAGUAUCAGCGGCUCAAGGUCAAUCCCCCUGAAAAAGGUAGCUUCCCUCUAGACCAUCAGGGUAUAUGCCAAAGCAUGCGGGACGUAUGGAUUACAUGCAUGAAGGAGUCCGCAUGGGACAGUUCAAAGUGUCGUGCCGAGGCGGCUUCCUACCUCCGCUGCCGAAUGGAAAAUAAUCUUAUGGGUCAAGAGGAGAUCCAAAGGCUCGGUUUUAACGAAGACGAGUGGAAGAAGGCCGCGGCCAAAAUGCGAGACCAAAAGUGA